AUGUUCUUCUUAGAUUUCUUCGAAAAAGUGCUUGAUUCAAUCCAGGCAAAUUCCUCUCCCUUAGAUCCGUUGGCCCUUUUUUUUUUGCUUGCAUCCACCUCUCACCUUGCUCGAAUCGAGCAUCCUUGUCCCACCAUCUCGGCAAUUCGUCAUUGCGACAUCGUGGGUCUCGCAACUCGGAGUCGAGACAUUUCAUCGCGGAAACAAAUCAACGGACCAUUCUUACUCAUGGAGAGUUUCGGUCCUUUCCCCUCAAGUCGUAUGGAGACCGAGGACUUGCUUUCCCUUCGUGCUCAUUGCGGAAUACCGGCAGAAAUCGAGCUUGUUCUCCCCGCAGCCAGUGAAUCUCCAGAACUCGUCAGACCCGAGUUUUGUUGUGGCUACGAAGUUUACUUCAAGGAGUGCGGGCUUUGUUUUCUGAUCCCCGAGAUUCUCACUCACUUGAUGAACGAACUUGGUGUUGCGCUCCCUCAACUAUGCCCUAAUAUCAUUCGAGAAGUCGUCGUCUUGCAAACCUUAGCCGAGGAGCACGGGUUGCCGCUUGAUAUUCCCACUCUAGCUCGCGUUUGCAUGAUCCGCCAAAGCUCAGGUCACAAAGGAAAUUUUUAUUUCGCGGUGAAGGGGGAGCGUCGCGUGUUGUGCGAUCGUCCUCCUAAAGACGAGAAGUGGCAAAAACGUUUCUUUUUCUUUUCUGUGAACGAGUUCUCUUAUGGAGAACUUUCUUCUCUAGUCAAAACUACUUGCACCUCUAGCGAAGAUUCCGGAUACAAUCGAGCGCGGCUUCGAGCUUUCGGUCCGUAUAAUCCUAACUGCAAAGGCUACCCAUCUCGCCAAUCAAGGAAAAUGUCGCUGAGUUACCGUCAACAACGCAAGGCCAAGGAACUAGCUGCAACAACUAAACCAGCUGUUCAACCCGAGACCUUGGAAGAUCGCGCUCAGCCGGAGAUCUUGGAAGAUCUCGCUCAACCGGAGACCUUGGAGGUUGUCCAACCCGCGGAGCAGCAGCCCAUCCAUGUUGGGUCCUCGAGGUCCUCUGAAAAAACUAACUCUUCAGUCCAGAGGAAAUCUCCAGAGAUUCCCCCUCUCACCGAGGAUCCGCAACUUGCUGUGGUGACUAUCCCUCCGCGAGUAGCCUCCACGGUUUCCGGCCUACCUGCAGCAUCGUCCCCUCUUGCCUGGGCUCCCGGAAGUUCCCGUUCUCGGGCAUCAUCCUCAAGUGUUCCACCACGUUCGGGUGACGGUGAUACUGUUCGUCUUUCCCAACUUGCUAAAGGUAGCAAGAGGAAAGCUCUUGACAGUGGAUCCCGAUCCCGUGGUGGAUCAAAGAAAUUGAGGAAUUAUUGGGACUUUGGGUAUAACUCCAAUUACUUAAUCACUGAGAAUCCUGCUUCCGCAGCUCACUUGUUUAGGCACUUCAGGAAAUCGGGAUGCUCACUCCCUCCGCUGAAAGACCUUAUCCUGGAGGAUCGUAUCAACUUUGAGGAGUUCGCGUACUGCAACUCUCAGCUUCUUGCGGCAUUCAACAACACCGUUUCCGCUUAUCAAACUCGCGUCCGAGCUGCUCCCACCUCGACUGAUCUUACCGAGGCGCAGGCUACGAUCACUACUCUCCAAUCCGAGCUAGCAGGUUUACGUGAUGAGGCGGCGAAGAAUGUCGUAGCUCUCCACCUUAGUGAUGAGUUUUUUACUCAUUCUAGGUCGCUAGAGCGCAAACUCAAGGACGCCGAGACCUUUCAGGCAGAGAAGAAGUGCAAGGAGCUCGCUGACACCCGCGAAGUGGACUUAAAAGUCGCAGCAUGUGAAGCCCAAAAAGAUCUCGCUAUCAAGUUCAAAGAGACGCUCGACUUGGUGAAGUCACAUAUAGCGGGGAAAGAUGCAACUCUUGGACCUCUUGUCAAGGUUUCCGAGACAAUGGCAAACAUCGAGCUCCUCGAGGUCAUCAUCAAGGGCGAGAUUACGGAUUUUCAAGCCGAGCUAGAUGUGGUCUCUCUUGACAAGCAAGAAAAGUAUGCGAAGGAUCUCGCCGAAGCUGAGGUAAGUGUUCCUAAGCUCGACCUGUCUCAGAUAGAGAUUCUCACCUCUGACCUUUCUCCCGAGCUCGCCACUACCUCAGAACUGCCUUUUGAUGAAUUCGGCAACAAUGCAGGUUCGCUCUUAGGCGUUAUGCGUGUUGACGUUCCAGAAGGCGUCGAGGAGACUUGA